UCGUCUGCCAAAAAUCGGGGCUUUUUAUAAUCCCAAACACGCCUCUUUCCAUCCCUUCUUCUCUCCGUCUUUCCCAUCUCCUCCUGAAAUUCCAAUUCCAUUUCCACCCAAUUUCCCUCUCGUUCUCUCCCUCGUUCGUCUCGCCCACUUCUCAGCCGCCGGCGUAAGUUUGAUUCGCUCGGCGAUUUCAGUUCGAAUCGAUCUCCUCGCCCCGCCGACAUCAUGAAUCCUGAAUACGAUUACUUGUUCAAGCUUCUGCUUAUUGGAGAUUCUGGUGUCGGGAAAUCAUGUCUACUUCUGCGAUUUGCUGAUGACUCUUAUCUGGACAGCUAUAUCAGUACCAUCGGAGUUGACUUCAAAAUUCGUACUGUGGAGCAAGAUGGGAAGACCAUUAAACUGCAAAUUUGGGACACAGCAGGGCAAGAACGAUUUAGGACAAUCACGAGUAGUUACUACAGGGGUGCUCAUGGCAUCAUUGUUGUUUAUGAUGUGACGGACCAGGAGAGUUUCAACAACGUAAAACAGUGGUUGAAUGAAAUUGAUCGCUAUGCUAGUGAAAAUGUGAACAAGCUUCUAGUUGGGAACAAGAGUGACCUGACUGCAAACAAAGUUGUUUCGUAUGAAACAGCGAAGGCAUUCGCUGAUGAAAUUGGGAUACCGUUCAUGGAGACUAGUGCUAAAAAUGCCUCCAAUGUAGAGGACGCUUUCAUGGCGAUGUCUGCUGCAAUCAAGACCAGGAUGGCUAGCCAACCUGCAUCAAACACGGCCAGACCUCCAACCGUCCAAAUCCGCGGACAACCCUGUGAACCAGAAAUCAGGCUGCUGCUCUUCUUGAGAAGCUUAGUAACAACAGGCUAUCUGCUCGUGACGUUUAAUCUCUCGUCGUAUCAUUGUGUGGCUUAGUUCUCUAUUCUUACCGCGUUUGAUAUGGAAAAAGGAAUUACUAUUUGUUCUUUGUUUUCACCUUCCCUAUUUUUCAGUUCUGUUGAAACUUUGAUUCUCUGAAUGUAAUCUGAUUUCAGGAAGGUUAAAAUUACCAUUUGUACAAAUUAGGAAAUACUGUUGAAUGGCAGCUCUGUUUUGCAUUCUUUGAUCUCCUUUAUGUUAUAUUGUCUCCCCAGUCCUACCGUACACUCCAUGUUUAAGACAGUUUGUCAACUUUGAUUAGAUUAUGGGUUUGUCAUGAGAGUGACCUGUGUUUCAAUAAUUGCGUGGGAGAUUCCCCAAGCUGUAAGAUGCUUAUCUUUGGACUGUAGAUUGUG